CUUCCCUUGUUCAAUCUGCCUAACUUUGUGGUCUGUAUUCAGAUGGAUUUUACGUUGAAAGUGGCAGUUUUCCUCACCUUGGCUUUUAUUUCAUCUAUAUUAGUGCAGCCUGUUUCUGGAGUUAGAAACUCACAAUUGUCAAGGAGGAAGAACAGGGGCACGUAUGGAAAUGAGGAUAUGGUCACUAACUUGCCUGGCCAGCCAGCUGUAGACUUCCGGCAUUAUGUUGCUUAUGUCACCGUGGAUGAAAAGAAUGGAAGAACACUCUUUUAUUGGUUUUAUGAGGCUACAACUCGCCCUGAUGAAAAAACACUAGUACUGUGGCUUAAUGGAGGCCCUGGAUGCUCGUCUGUUGGAUAUGGAGCAACACAAGAGAUUGGUCCUUUCUUAGUGGACAUUGAGGGAAAUGGAAUUAAAUUUAAUAACUACUCAUGGAAUAAAGAAGCUAACAUGUUAUUCCUGGAAUCCCCAAUUCGGGUUGGCUUUUCAUACACAAAUACAUCUACUGAUUAUGAUAAUCUAGGAGAUGCCUUCACUGCAAAUGAUGCUUAUACCUUCCUACAUAAGUGGCUCCUCAAGUUCCCCUCAUAUAGAACACGGACCUUUUACAUCGCAGGGGAAAGCCAUGCAGGAAAAUAUGUGCCAGAGCUAGCUGAACUCAUCAUUGACAAGAACAGUGAUCCCUCCCUUUAUAUUGAUUUGAAGGGUAUUCUGCUGGGAAAUCCUGAAACAUCUUCUGCUGAAGAUUGGAGAGGUCUGGUAGAUUAUGCUUGGAGUCACACUGUGGUGCCCAGGAUCCUGGGAGGUUAUGAUCCAUGCCUGGAUUCUUAUGCAAAAGCUUUCUACAAUAGACCCGACGUUCAAGAGUCACUCCAUGUUAGCAACGGUCACCAGCUCAGAAACUGGAGCAUAUGCAAUCACACGAUGUUUGAAAAUUGGUCAGAAUCAGAUUCAAAAAAAAUCUGUUCUUCCAAUAUACAAAAAGCUUAUUGCAGUUGGAGUUAGAAUAUGGGUCUACAGUGGAGACACAGAUGGAAGAGUCCCUGUUUUGUCCACACGGUACAG